UUCGUGAUUAGAUGAGACCUCGGAUGUGCGUCUUUAGUUAUUUUGUACUGUAAAACUGUAAUUUGUAUUGUAUCAACUGCAGUUUAAGCAUGAGCAUAGUGCAGUCGAAUAUUUCCACUACGAUCCGUAGUUUUAACAUUUCGGACGACAUCCGGAUUGAGGUGAAAAAGUUCCGAACAGAUGCUGGUAUCGACGAGAUUGAUAUCGAGGAGGAUGAAGACGAUAUUUCCGUCAUUCAAAAAAUUCAUAAAACAUUCUCCGAUCCGAAUGAAGUCGAGUUCGACCCCGAUACAUUGAAGUCCAUCAUUUCUCGGCUGGAUGAAAUCGAAAAAAAGUUAGAGAACAUCAUCUAUAUGAACGCACAGGCAGAUAGCCUAAAUGCGGUACACAUGAAUGGGCUCAUAAAUCGCCAACUGGUGGCCGCUUCCGGUUCGAUGACACCAACAACACUGACCAUAGCUCAACCGGGUUCUCCCGGACAGAUGGCAGUGGAACCGAUGGUACAGGAUGACAUGAUUGACGACAUACGGCUGGGCAUGAGCUUGGAUGAGAGUGAAUUGAUCGGCGAAUUUGUCGAACAUGACGAGCUGAAGCUGGUGGAGUUCCCCAUCAAUCGGGUCGACGAUUUGCGGGAACUGGAAGAGUCAAUUACCAGCGAUCAGGAAUCGUUUGUUUCAUUUGCAAACUUUCUGGGUGCAACAGUUCAAAAGCACAAUCGCAACCUGGAACCGAUCCUGCGAGAUUUUGUAACCGAGAGUCUGAUCAAUGAGCUUGGUUUUUCUUUUGAAGUCAACAUGAUGUCGUUCUACAUUUUUAAUCAACUGUUGUACGAUAUUUGGAAAACGGACUACUCAACCAUGAAUGAUUACCGAAAUCAGCUGCGUAAAAUUGCCGCUAAAAUUCGUAAUCGAGCUGCGAGGAAACAAAAGUAAGCUGAUUAAAAAUAUAUUUGGUUGUUUAAUGGUUCGAAUAAAUUAAAAA